AGAGAGAGUUCUAGAGAGAGAAACUAGAUCUUGUUUUUGGGUCCGGCGUAUGGCCGGCGCGUGAGCGUUCGUGCCAUCGCCGGAACCUUUUGUUCUUCCGAGAGAGAUAACCAUCCUGCUUCUCCUUCGAUUCCUCUUCACGACCGCCUUGUCGGAGCUCUGGUCCAGUCCCAUCCAUCGGUGACAACUCGGGGAGUUAACCGUCAUCUUUGGUGGUGUUACGGUUGGAGUAACGACGCGAUUGUGGGGAGUUUUUGGCGUAGUGAAGUCGGUUUUUUAGUUUAGGUUCCGUUUCCGGGAGGUGGAGGCUUAUACAGCUCCAUCGCCGCCGGUCUUGUUUCCGGGAGGCGGAGGCUUCUUAAGCUCUGUUAUCGCCAGCUCUAGUCUCCGGGGGUGAAGGCGUUCUGGGCCUUGCGUCGCCGGCUCUGGUUCCCCUAGUACUGUUUUAGGGUUUCGUUUGUUUUUUAGGUUUGUCUUGGUUUAUUUGGGUUUGGGUGGAGUUGAUGGAUGGAGGAGCUCUCGUCUGAGGACGAUUGAAGCUCUCCGGUGAUAAAGGAUGAUGUCGCGGCGAAGCUUUCUUCCCAGUUUUAGUGAUGCAUGGAGACGGAUGAGAUCUCGGUUCACCGAUCGAUUCUCUCCGAAAUAGAACAUUCUUGGGUGGAAAGAGCUUGCGAUGAGGAGUUUGUGAAGCUAGUGAGUGCUUCUGUGUCCCGGUGUAUCGUCUCACUGGCGGUGUCUUGAAGCGGAGGUGCGGCCGCGGAGCGAAGCGGUUGAGCCGCAUCGAGUAAAGGAUCUAGGGUUGUAUGGAUGUGGGCCUAAAGUGUAUGAUUUGGGUUUUGUAAUAUUCUGGGCUUGGCCCCUUAAUCAAUAAAAUUUUAGAUGGGAAAAAAAAAAAAAAAACGAUGAGCAUGCUCUCUAAUUAAAUCACACUUUUCUCUGUUCCCACCGCCGCAAGCUGUAGCCCAUCGACGCCACUGUUGCCGCGCCUUCCGCUUCUUCUCUCAUAAACUGAACAGUUUACUGGGGGCAUCGUUACAUUCUGCAGCCAAAGAUGGGCAGCGAAAUUGAGAAAGGGAGAGAAGAAGAAGAGGAAGAUAUAGUUUGCUUAGAUGAGUCCUUCUUCGUCAACGAUGAUUAUCAGUUGACGACCUUUACGUUUGGGUCCAACGUUCUUGAGCUCUACUGUCUCCAAUCAGCUUCAACUGAUUUUGAUUUAACAGGGCAACUGGUUUGGCCUGGUGCUAUGCUUAUGAACGGUUAUCUCUCAGAUAAUGCUGACAUUCUCCAAGGGUGUUCCGUUUUGGAGUUUGGAUCUGGCGUUGGUAUAACAGGAGUCCUCUGUAGCAAAUUUUGCCGUAAAGUUGUUUUUACUGACCACAACGAUGAAGUGCUCAAGAUACUGAAGAAAAACAUCGAGCUUCAUGAACAUUCAAGCCCCUCCGCUGAAUUAGAGGCUGCAAAGCUAGAAUGGGGAAACACUGAUCAUCUUGGUGAAAUUUUACAGAAACACAGUGAUGGCUUUGAUCUUAUUCUUGGAGCUGAUAUCUGCUUUCAGCAAUCUAGCGUGCCGUUGCUAUUUGACAGUGUAGAACAGCUUCUUCGGAUCAGAGGACAUGGAAACUGCAAGUUCAUACUAGCAUACGUAUCACGGGCUAGACAGAUGGACUCUGCGAUCUUGAAGGAAGGCUCUCAGCACGGGAUGCUGAUGAAUGAAGUUCCUGGGACUAGGUGUACCGUGGGGAACUUGGAAGGUGUUAUAUUUGAGAUCACUCUUAUAUAAAAUAAGGAAACGCAUAAUAUUUGGAGUAGUAGUUUCCUCCUUUUAUGUUUUUAUAGCUGCAUACAUUUGGUGAAAGUAUGCAUAGACAUUAUGGAUGCUUUGAAGAUAAUCCACACCGGUUGGUGAAGAACUGUUGCAACUACAUUAUCUUCUUUUUGAUAGUUGAUAUAUGAUAUAUCCGAUUCGUGAUUAUGAUUUUUGGUUUUUU